UCCUCUUUCUCUAGCUUUCAAUUCUUUUCUGUCUCUUGCACUCAUUACUUUGUGUUAGAGUUUUGGUUGGGCCUGUAUUGUUUGUUGUAUUAUCGAUUUUUGCAUUUUUCUUUAUCAAGGAAGGGAAAAAAAAAAGUUUUGCUUUGCUCAAUUUUUUCCCCUCUCAUCUUUAUUUUUAACUUUUUGUCUUCUUUCAGAGGCUACUUAGAACCUUCCCGAUCUUCACCUCCAUUUUCCCCAACUGUUUGGAGGCAGAAGUACAAACCCAAUAAUACAGCUAUUUUUUUGAACCAUGAGCACUUAUACUGUGACACUUGCUGGACCUGCGCCAUGGGGCUUCCGCUUGCAAGGAGGCAAGGACUUCAACAUGCCUCUCACCAUUUCACGGAUCACUCCUGGGAGCAAAGCAGCUUCAGGUAACCUGUCCCAGGGUGACAUCAUCGUAGCCAUCGAUGGUGUCAGCACUGAGGGCAUGACUCACCUGGAGGCUCAGAACAAGAUCAAGAGUGCCAACUACAACCUGGCCCUCACCAUGGCGAAGUCAAAGCGCCCAGUCCCUUUGUCCAUGACUGCACCAAGAAUUGACACUUCAAUUCCUGUCAUCCCUCACCAGAAGGUUGUUACCAACAUGCCUAUCAACAACGAGUAUGUGCCCAGUUUCAACCCCAUUGCCCUGAAGGACACGGCUCUUUCCACCAACAAGCCCAUUGAAGUGAAGGGGCCGGGAGGCAAGGCCACCAUCAUCCACGCCCAGUACAACACUCCGAUUAGCAUGUACUCGCAGGAUGCCAUCAUGGACGCAAUCGCUGGUCAGUCUCAGGCCAGAGGGGCUGAAAUGUCCGGUAGUCUGCCUGUUAAAGAGCGUGUUGUAGACAGUGCUUCCCCAGUGUAUCAGGCUGUGAAUGCCAGCGGAGAAGUGCUGGAGCCUGCUGAGUGGGCACGGAGAGCUGCCCACAUGCAGUCCAAGUCCUUCCGCCUCCUUGCCCAUGUCACCGGCACUGAAUACUUGCAAGACCCAGACGAGGAAGCUCUUACAAGAGCGAGAGAAAUAUUUGAGUCAGGAGCUAAAGGCCCUCGUUUUGCCAAACUGAAAAACUGGCACAAUGGCCUGUCUGCUCAAAUCCUUAACUUAGCUCAUACGCCUGUCCAGCAUGCUGCGGUCUCCACCAACACGGCCGCUGUCGCAUUGUCCGCUUCUGCAGCUUUGCCCAGUCAGCUUGCCGUUGAGCUGCAGAUAGCCAAUCAGGCGCCUGAGCAGUCUGCUGAACCAGCCUCUGUAGGCUCUAGCCAUGUCAGCUUUUUGUCACCCCCUGAGCCACAGGCUGUAUCUCAAGCUGACCCUGUGGCUCACGAGGCUAAUGAGGCCCCUGUUCUCCCCCCUGAGGGGCCACGCCACCUGUCGCUUGCUGCCUCAACCAUUUCAACUGCUUUGACUGCUCAAUCUAGAAACCAUGUGUAUAAGAAAGGGCCGCCGCCCACCUCUGCGCUGGAGGCCCUGCCAAUCACUCCAUACUUCUGCAGCAGGGCUUUGCCCAAACGCAAGCAAUCAGGAAAAGCAAAGAAAGUGAGCUUCACCAUGCAGUCCUCUUCCAGUUACAGAUCACAGUACCAAACCUCCGGCAUCAGCAACCAGUAUGCACAUCAACCACAUAUGCAGCAAGCUCCACCUACUCAACAGCCUUUUCACAUUCAAACUGCUCCACCCACUCAACAGGCCCUGCCCAUGCAGCAGAGCUCCAUCCAUAUCCCUGUAGGUCCGUCUCCAAAUAAAUUGGUCAGCACCGCCACCAUUGUGCCUACAGCUUAUCCCACUGCUCCAGCCCUUGUUCAAGCCCCUGUUCAUGCUCCUGCUCCAGUCCCUCCUCUUGCCCCAGUUCAUUUUCCUGCUCCCGCCCCAGUUCAUGUUCCUCCUCCAGCCCCAGUUCAUUUUCCUGCUCCCACUCCUCCUGCUCCUGCCCCUGGCCCUGCCCAUUCCUCCAACAGACCCCCAUGGGUUAUGGAUGACACUUUUGCCCAGAAGUUUGACCCCAGCAAGACCACCACCACCAGCGUCAAAGUGCAGCCUCUUCCCACUGCGGCCCCACCGGCUCCUGCCUACAUCCCCAACCCUUCUCCUGCUCCUGCUGCCCCCAGCCCUGCCCCAGCCCCCUUUGUCCCUGCCCCUUUCCCACCUGUGGCUCGUGGAGUAGCACAGAGAGCAGAGCGCUUUGCUGCCAGCAAUAGGACACCAAUGUGUGGAUACUGCAACAACAUCAUCAGGGGGCCAUUCCUAGUGGCACUGGGCCGCUCGUGGCACCCGGAGGAGUUUAACUGCCAUUACUGCCACACAUCUCUGGCUGACGUCAGCUUUGUGGAGGAGCAGAACAAUGUUUACUGUGAGAACUGUUACAGAGAGUUCUUCGCCCCUACCUGUGCCCGCUGCAGCACUAAGAUCAUGGGAGAAGUGAUGCAUGCUCUGCGGCAGACCUGGCACACUACCUGCUUUGUGUGUGCUGCAUGUGGGAAACCGUUUGGAAACAGCCUCUUUCAUAUGGAGGAUGGAGAACCUUACUGUGAGAAAGAUUACAUUGCGCUCUUCAGCACUAAGUGCCAUGGCUGUGAUUUCCCAGUGGAGGCUGGGGAUAAGUUUAUUGAGGCUCUUGGCCACACAUGGCAUGACACCUGCUUUGUGUGUACGGUUUGCCAUAUAAAUCUGGAAGGCCAGCCGUUCUAUUCUAAGAAGGACAAGCCUUUAUGCAAGAAACACGCUCACGCCAUCAACGUGUAGAUCCACCAGGAGUACCGUGAUCGUGCUGGUCACUGUAUUUGCCUUAAUAUUGGUUAGAGCUCUUUUAGAGGAGGAUUCGAAACCAAUUUAAACACGGAUCCGAAAAACAAAACGGCCCAACCCGCAUAUUAUAUAUAUAAUUCUAAUACUAAUAUUUAAAAAAAAAAGUUGAGUUGGUGCAAUGUCACGUUUUAAUUUAAUACAGAAAUGGUGAAUUUAAUGUGUGCUCUGGGCAUAGAUAGAUCAUCUUAAUGCAUUUAAUGCAAUUUGAUAUGAAGUGAACAUGCAGAGCUCUAAGUGUACAAUGUGGAGGGGGAUAUAAUUUCAGAUGAACUUGAAUUGAUUGUAUGAUCAUGCAUGUUGCAUUUGCAAUGUGCUCAUUUUAUUCGGGGUGAUCGUGUUUUAUUCUAUUGAUUGAGAUUUUUAUUUAAAUAGAAU